CCAGCAAUAUGCGUAGUUUAAUACGGUUUUUAUUUGUUGGGAUUUGUGUGAACAUCGCUUUCGGACGUAAUGUGUCGCAUAACACUGCGCACGCAAAUGGCGGGGAACUCAGUAAACCAACGAUAUGCCAUUACAGCGACCCCAACGUGGCAGACUGCAUUCGCCGCAUGGCCGAGCAGGCGCGGCACGUACUAGCAGCAGGGGUACCGUCGCUGGGCGUGCAAUCUUUAGAACCCCUUAAGGUGCCCAGCAUCCGGUUGCGACAGCAUAAUAUGCCCAAGAACAAGUUUAAAUACGACGCCUGGCUGUCGGAUUUGAUGCUCCGCGGGCUUACGAACUACAGCUUCAAUAAUUUAGAUGUAUUCCCGGAAGACUUGAAAGUGACGGCGAACAUCAGUCUCCCGCGCUUGGAGGUAACAGGUGAAUACGUGGUGCUUGGACAGUUCCAGAUGCUUCCAGUGGAGUCCACAGGGAAACUGUCAGCUAAUUUUACAAUGUGCACCGCUGCCUUAGAGGCGUUGGGUGCUCGUGUGCACAAGCGCAUGGUCAUCAAAGACGCCACGGUGCGUCUACGCUGCUCCGGGCCGCUGCAAGCUAGCUUGGACGACGCUCACUCCACUACCGGGGAAAUGGAGAUGGUGACUGAUCAUAUCGCCAUGAUGCACUCUGAGGAGAUCUUGAAGGAGGUCCAGCCAGCGGUGGAGACGUCCCUCGCAAUGGUACUCGAGGACAUUGCCAACAAAUUCCUGAAACACCUACCGCAGGAGAUGGUCUUCGCGAACUAGACCUUCAAGUCAGAAACUUAUAAAAUAUAUUUAAUAUGAUAAUGCUUUUGGUCCUUGAUCUACUUCUAACUUUAAUUUAUUCAAUUAUUUAUUUAUUUAUUACGUCUAAUUACUGUCGUAGAUAAUUAACAUUUACUUUAACAUGGUCCCCCUGAUAACAAAACGAAGACUAAACUUAAUCAUGGACUAAAGCUGAUGUCGUCACUUUUGUUAUUUAAAAAUAGGACAGAGACAACAUCAGGUGUAAGCUAAGAUUAACUCAAGUCCGUGUUUGAGAAUAAGGAGGUUAGUGUAUUAUUUGUAUGUAUAAGUGUAAUAUGUAAUUAAUUUACGUGAUGUCUUAUAGCUGAAUUGUGAUUAAUUAGUAAAAGAUUCAUUUGCCUUUGCUUUAAGGUAAUAAUAAUACCUUAACCCCUUUAUUAAUAAACUGAGAUUACGCUUGGAUUAGUAACUUCAUGUUUUGUCUCAGUCUAUUGAAUGACAAUGGCAUUAACAAAACACGGCGUAACUAGUCAUAGCUUAUUCCUUGUUUAUUAAUAAGGGGGUUAAGAUUUAAAGUAACAAUGUUAAUUUUCGACAAGGCGUGUCUUAUUAUGAUUAGAUUCUAUUAUAAACCAAGCUAAUUAGAUUAGACCUAAAUGUUUCUAAUUAAUUGCUACUCCUAUUACAAUAAUUGCCAUUUUUUCUGUAUCUAUGUCAUAAUAAUCUCAUAACUCAAGCACAGCUCACAGUUAAUAUUGUACAAUAUAAUGUCGUCGAUUAUGAGGUGCCGGUUUUGAUUUCUGCCCCUCUAGCAUGACCACCGAAACGGGAUAUGAUAAAGCGAUAAUUCUGCAUUAACUGUCAGACUGCUAUGGAGUUUGACAGUAGUCUGACAGUUAAUGUCGA